AUGCCUGAAAUCAACACCCUCCUCUUCGACUGCGACAACACCCUCGUCCUGUCCGAGGAGCUCGCCUUUGAGGCCUGCGCCGACCUCAUCAACCAGAUCAACGAGGAGCGCGGCGUCGACCUGCGCUUCAACGGCGAGACGCUCAUCAAGGAGUUCGUCGGCCAAAACUUCCGCGGCAUGCUCACCUCGCUGCAGGAGCGCCACGGCAUCCAAAUCUCCGACGCCGACAUGGAAAAGUACGUCACCAAGGAGGAGGACGCCGUCAUCGCCAAGCUGCGCGCCUCGCUGCGCCCCUGCCCGGGCGUCGACGCGCAGCUCGAGCAGCUCGCCGCCUCCAAAAAGUACCUCAUGGCCGUCGUCUCCUCGUCGGCGCUGCGCCGCGUCAAGGCCUCCAUCGAAAAGGUCGGCCAGGACAAGUACUUUCCCGGCGACGUCGUCUUCUCCGCCGCCACGUCGCUGCCCAAGCCCACCAGCAAGCCCGACCCGGCCAUCUACCUGCACGCCCUCAAGACACUCGGCCGCACCGCCGAGCAGAGCGUCGCCAUCGAGGACAGCAAGAGCGGCACGCUCAGCGGCACCCGCGCCGGCAUCAAGGUCAUUGGCUACGUCGGCCCGUACGAGGACGCGCGCAAGCCCGAGAUGGAGAAGAUUCUGGCUGAGGCCGGCGCCGUGGUCAUCAUGCGCGACUGGGCCGAGUUCCCCGCGGCCCUGGAGAAGAUUUCCAGCGGUGCCGUCUAG